GUUUCCAACCUGCAUUCACUUCCAAUUGAGUCGUUGUACAACGUUCGAAAGUUAUAUCUCCGUUAGUUAUACAUAGUUUUUUAAAAUAGUGAUUUUUUUUAUUAUUAAUAUUUGAAAUUAUCGAUUAUAGUGAUAAAUUCGUUGCAAAUGGUUGUGUUGGAAGGUGGGAAUAUGUUGUCCUCAACGGGCAAUCAGUAUUUACAAUUAGAUUACCUUUCACCUUUACCUACAACGCUUGACGCAAAGAAGAGUCCACUGGCUUUGUUAGCUCAAACUUGCAGCCAGAUCGGAGCGGAUUCUCCUUCGACGAAAAACCUCAUAUCGCCGUUGGAUAAAGGAAAGAAAAGCAGUGAAAGCGCCCGUACGUCCCCGAGUUCCGCUAAAGAAAAAUCUCCGCGUAUAACACCGAGUGAACAAAAACUAGCGUUCAAACCGUACGAAACUAACGUGGUGUCAAAAAAAACCGACGAAAUCCGCCCGAGUUCUCAUAGUAGUGUACAAGACGAUAAAAAAUCCGAACAAAGUGCGGGUAGAAAAACGGUUUCCCCCUCGAGGAUUUCCCCUCAAACCCCGAAUACCGACGGGGGAAAAUCGUCACCGGAACGAAAAAGUUCGACCCCCAGGGGUGCGAGUCCGAUUAUCAGAUCCGGUUUGGAAAUAUUACAAGGACAUUCAAAGGAAACCCAUCUUGCCGCGUAUAAAACUAGUGCUUUACCUUCGAGUUUGAACAAUCAUUUAAGUUCGUUGUGUUGUCCUCCUGGUCUGGAACCGACUAAUCCGGCGUUUAGACCCCCGUUUCCCGGCGGUCCGUUCAGUGCUCAACACGCCGCUAUGUUCGCCGCCGGUUACCACCCGAGUGCAUCGCCCAACCCUUAUCUGAGUUACGCUCGCGUCAAAACACCCUCCGGCGGAGAAGCCCUAGUGCCCGUCUGCAAAGAUCCCUACUGCACCGGCUGCCAAUUCAGCUUGCAAAACCAACAAAUGUUGAUAAACGGUCCUUGUCCGUCGGGUUGCACGCAAUGCGAUCAUCAAAAGUACAAUUUAGCCAUGGCUAUGUCUUUGGUGUCCCCCGGGCCGGUGCCGCAGUCUUCCUUAGGUUAUCCGCCGCAGUUGGGGCGACCUUACGUGUGUAACUGGAUAGCCGGGGAUACUUACUGCGGUAAAAGAUUCGUUACUUCCGACGAGCUGUUGCAACAUCUCCGAACGCACACCAGCGGCGGAUCGGAUCCGGCUGCUUCGGCUACGUCGUCUUUGCUCAAUCACCAUUCGCUGUUUUCGGCGUCCCUUCAUAGGUCCGGGUAUCCGAAUCCACCUUUGAGUCCUUUGUCGGCGGGUAGGUACCAUCCGUAUGGUAAACCUCCGACUCUGCCUUCCUCGUUGGCUGCUUCUCCGUAUAGUGCGUUCAAUCCCACUGCCUUGGGGAGUUAUUAUUCCGCGUAUUCAAUGUACGGACAGAGAUUGGGGGCGGCCGCUGUACUCCAAUAGUGAUAAUUAAGUCGUCGACAGUGCGUAUAUACAGAACGUCCUUUAUUUUUAUAUAUUUUUGUUACGGGUUGUUCCAUUUAGUUUAGCAAUGCGUUUUGGACGUCCUGUAUAUAUUUAUUACUGGGGUUUUGUCCGUAACUCAAGACUGUGAUAAUUUGUAUAUAGUUUGUUGCGAUUCGGAGGUGAAUGAAGUGCAAUCUGAAAAGAAAAAACGUCUUUUUAUAGACAUUUGAGAUUUUUUUCCGAUUUCGGAUAUUCAAGUUACUUAAAAAAAAUGUUGAGUUCAUAUGAUGCUUUAAUAAAACGUUUAUAAAUGUAA